UUUGAACCGGUCCUGUUCAACUGCUCGGCCUUGCAGAAUGGCGGAUCCGGUCGCCUUUUGCGCUGGAAAGGUUUUGCUGCGCAACAGAAAAGGGUUUCAAGGGCUUCGACGAGGGACAGAACGGACAAUGGGAGUCGGGGUGCGAACCGCACUUCGACACUGAAGAUAUUUGAGCGCAGAUGGAGUCCCUGAUGAGCGCGGCGUCGCCCCGCUCCCCGGCGCCCGGCAACAAGUUCUCCGAGGUGGACUUCCGCUCCGGCGCCACCCUGGAGCGGCUGUCCGCUCAAGUGUCCGAGCUGGUCCUGCUGGAGCGGGGCGGCUUCGGGGACCAGACGGCAUUGGAGGUCCACACGGCGAAGGAUUUCAUCUUCAACAUGUUAGGUUUAGUCCAGAAGGUGGACCAGCGCCUGCCGGUGGCCAACGAGUACCUGCUGCUGGCCGGAGGGGCCCGAGAGGGCGUCUUGGACCUGAACCCGGAGGACCUGGGCGACUACGCCAAAGGCGCCGACUUCGACCUGGACUUCACCCUGCUGGUGCCGGCCCUCAAGCUCCACGACCGCGACCGGCCCGUCACCCUGGACAUGAGGCGCUCGCCGCCGUGCCACUCGUGGCUCAGCCUGCGCCCGUGCGACUCCGACACCCUGGCCCGCUGGAGCGUCUGCUGCCAGGAGGAGAGCGCGCUUCCCGCUGAGGAAGAGGGAGAAACGGGAAAAGGCUCCGUCCCCUCGCCGGAUUCCCCUCGGUCGCCGGACGGGUGCUACUUCUCCCCCGCCCUGGUGACGGACUGGUUCUGGGGCGCGGUGAGCGAGGCGGUGGAGGAGCUGCGCCGAAGCCCCCAGAGAGGCAUUCCCACCGCCGAGCGGCUGGAGAGGAACGGGCCGCUCACGACCGUCGUCCUUCAGGCGGGCUCCAGCAGGGUGCUGUACGACCUCCUGCCCGUGGUGUCGUUUCGGGGCUGGCCCGCCGUGGCUCAGGGCUGGCUGACGGCGAACCACUUCUGGGACGGCAAAAUCACCGAGGAGGAGGCCAUAUCGGGCUUCUACCUGCUGCCCUGCUGCUCGCCGCUGGGCGGCCGGCCCGACAGGGAGUGGAGGCUGGCUUUCUCCCGCAGCGAGGUUCAGCUGAAGAAGUGCAUCCCGUUCCCCGCGGCGCAGGCUUACCAGGCCGCCAAGGCGGCGCUGACCGGCAUCCUGGCCCGUCCCCGAGCGGGCCUCGGUCUCUACCACCUGCGCACUCUUCUCUUUUGGGCUUGCGAUCGACUUCCCGCCGCCUACCUGUCCCGCCCCGACUCGGACGCUCCCGGCCGCCUGCUCUUGGGUCUCCUGGACGACCUAGCGCAUUGCAUCCUGGGUAAAAACUGCCCAAACUACUUCCUGCCGCAGCGCAACAUGCUGGAGCACCUGACGGACGGCCAGGCGCUCCUCGCGGCCCGGAAACUGGCCCACGUGCGGUCCGACCCCGGCGAGCACCUACGGGCCGCUCUGGACCGAGCCCGGCAGGCGGGCCGGCUCAAGGAGGAGCUGGCGACCGGCGCCGACGGCUCUCCGGGGCGUCGCCCGCUCGACGGCGUCGUCUCGCCUUCCGAGGACGGGCUGGCCCGGCGUCUGCGGCGGCUGGUCACCGAGAACCCCGGGAAAUCCAUCUCGGUCUUCCUCGACCCGGACGACGUCACCCGGCCGCACUUCCGCAUCGACGACAAGUUCUACUGACGCCCCGUGGGGAAAUGUCGGUGAGGUGGGAAGACGGAGGAAGGAGCGCGGUUGAAGCGCUCCUCCGUCGACCUCCUCACGAGCGAACCUCGACGGCGCCCGGACGAGGCUGAUCAAAUCACAGACCCUCCGAAAGAGGGCCUCCAGCUUCCCGUAGGGUUGAUUUUGUUUUGUUUUGUUUGUUUCUUGAUCUUUUUCCCGUUUCACGAUCGGCGCGCGAUGUUCACGAGGAGGAUGCGACUGAAUGUAACGUUGCGAAGAGAGCUGCGGCGUCUCUUCUCGUUAGCGGCCACCGAUGUUUCGCUUCUGCUCGUCUUUCUCAGGUACCGAGAAUCCUUAAAUUGCGAAACAGAAGCUCUUCGCUUGCUUCGUCGGACAACGGAAUGUACCAAAGAGAAACACACCACGCGCAGGAACUGGCCGCCGUAAUUGCAGAUUGAAAAAAAGACAAAGACAUUUCUCUCAAAUGAGUGUCUUUGCUCAUCCAUUCUUCGGGUUAGAUGAACGACUCUUUCGUGUUUGACGUGAAGAAAGGCGACGUUCUUUUUUGGAGCACGAGACGGCCAAGUUUACAUGCAAAAUGACACGAUCUGCUUUCUUGGAACGAAGCUGCUCUCUCUCUCUCUCUCCAAGUUGGACUUGUUUACUGCUGAAUACUGAAUACUACUCAGUGUGUGUGUGUGAGUUUGGAAACUGAUGGACAACCAAAGUGUGCGGAAUGUUGACUGCGGUGCAUUUAAAGUGGAAAAAAAACAAUAUCGUGCAGAAUAGUUUCCGCUCUUGCAGGUGUAAUUGUGCUGUGCAGGGUUAGCAUGAGAGCAUCCGCGCUAUUUUCUUUUCAUCUUGCUGCUGUUUGGACUCCAACUGCUAAACUCAACACGUUCUUUUCAAUGUCUCUCACUACUUAAGUGCUAAUUAUUGUUAUGAUGAUUCUCAUUUUGGGCUGGAACAUGACUGAUUUAAUGUAUUUAUUAUUAACACUUGAUUCUGAGGGCUUUCUAUUGAUCAGUUUGAGCUUUGGCAUUCAAUAAAUGACUUGUAUCAAG